AUGACCAUUGCUGUCAAUGAUUAUAUCAUAGCUACUGUUUACACAUGUCACACAUAUUCAUGUUGCCCUCAUACUUGUACCCCCAUUUUUUGUGUCCUCCUGUCCGUCUCUAUACUAUCCCUAAAAUAUGUUCCCCCUCUUUCAUUUCUGCUAUUCCUGAAUCCAUUGCCUGUGUUGGGCUGCCUUUGGUGUGGUGGUGCUACUGCUGGUGUGUGUCCUCUCCUGGGGUCUGUGUGUGUGGACAGGGUGGGGAGCUUUGGGAGCUUGAGUGGUCGGUGUUCACCACGCUGCUCCCCCCUUCUGGGACGCUCCCCACGCUUCCAUCGGCGCACAGCUUCAGAUGCCUCCUCUGCCUCUCUUCAGCGGCGGCGUUCGUCUCCCACUCCCACACGCCUAGGGUCACCUUCAUUGCGAUCAUCAUCACCUUCUUUGAGGAUCCGCACAGCACCACAUUCUCCAACCCCAGGAACAACCCAGGGAGUUAGUGGAACUCCUCCAAGUAGCAGUGCUGUCCAGCCAUUAGUUCCUUCCUCACCAGCAGCUGUUGCAGCUAGCCAUUGUUUGCCUGAUGUGGCAGGGACGACAAGUUCCAAGUCAUCAUCACUUGCAUCUGAGACUCCUGUUUCUACUCCGACCCCACCGCCACAUUCCUCACGCAUUGGUGUUACUGGGUAUGACUCUGAAGUGAGUGAUGAUGAUGAAGCAGGUGGCGACGGUGACCUUGGUGAAGUUGGUGAUGGACAAAGGUCUGUCAUCAUGCACAUCAUAUCUCAGCUGCGACUUGGAAUGGACCUCACACGUGUCACACUGCCAACAUUUAUUUUGGAGCGUCGUUCCCUGCUGGAAAUGUUUGCAGACUUUUUGGGACAUCCUGACUAUUUUGCUAAAAUUGCUGAUGCAACAACACCAGAAGAUCGCAUGCAGGCAGUGGUUAAAUGGUAUUUAACAAGCAUUCAUGUUGGACGAAAUGGAUCUGUUGCUAAGAAGCCUUACAAUCCUAUUAUUGGGGAGACAUUCCAUUGUAACUGGCGAAUUCCAAGGGAUUCCAUCCAUGGGGAAGAGAUAGGGGAGACUGGGAAUGGAAAGCUACUGAUGGAAAGAAGUCCCCCUUUGUCAACAUCAAAUAUGCAGCUGAGCAAGUGUCUCAUCAUCCACCAGUCAAAGUUUAUGGGUAUGUCUGUUGGAGUUAAUUUGAUUGGAGACAUUACCCUCAUCAUAGGCAAUGUCCGUGAAAGCUAUAGUCUUGCCAUGCCAUCUGCAUAUGCAAGAAGCAUACUGACUGAUCCAUGGGUUGAACUUGGAGGUCGGGUAAACAUUUCUUCACCUGAGACAGGCUGUCAGGCUGCUAUUGUCUUCCACACUAAACCAUUUUACGGAGGACGUCUACACAGGGUGACAGCCGAAGUGAAAAACGCAGCUGGAACUACUCUGACCAAAGUACAGGGAGAAUGGGAUUCACAGCUGGAAUUCACUUAUGCUAAUGGAUCUCAGGAGGUUGUGGACGUAAAUGACAUACCAAUUGUUUGUCACAAACGCUUAAAGCCUUUGGCGCAGCAAUCUCCAAUGGAAUCUCGCCGUCUGUGGCACGACGUAAGUGUAGCCCUUGCUCGUGGUGAUGUCGAAACAGCCACAAGCCACAAGAGGGCUCUAGAAGAGCAGCAACGGAAGGAAACGAGAGCGUGCUGCCCAAAAUGUGCCAUUCCCAACACGACUAUUCCAUUCUCCAACUUCUGA